CACUAUUGGGAGGCAAUGGAAAAAGCACAAUACUGGGAACCAGGAAACCUGAGCUUGAAGUUUGCUUUCAAUACUUAUUAGCUGGGAACCUCAGGACGGACUAGAAAGACCAAAAUAGAGAACCAUACAUAAAGAAGAGGCCUUGUCCUUAACCCCUACCGAAGAAGAUAAGAGUCAAGGAGACUGCUCGGAGCUCUCCCCAUAUCCAGGAUUGUGACUGAAGCAGACAAGGAAGAAAAAUGCAGGAAUGAGCAGGAGUCUGAAGUGCACAGUGGAACCUGCCUGGGGAGAAUGGCCUCUUUGACAAUGGCUGCCCGUUGUCAGGACAAGAGAGGAAGCUUCUUUAAGCUCAUUGACACAAUCGCCUCUGAGAUCGGGGAACUGAAACAAGAGAUGGUACAGACAGAUGUCAGCCUGGAAGAUGGACUGGAAUCUACUGAAAUACCCAGUACAGUGAAACACUUGGAUGAUGUCUGCCCUGAAAAAAAGGAAUUAAAAAGCUACCCCCGGGAUUCUGGCUACGACAGCCUCUCCAACAGACUCAGCAUAUUGGAUCGCCUUCUGCAUACUCAUCCCAUAUGGCUACAGCUCAGUUUAAGUGAUGAAGAAGUAGCAGGAAUACUUCAAUCCCAGCCGCCAGGGAUCUUCCUGGUUCGAAAAUCUUCUAAAAUGCAAAAGAAAGUGCUCUCACUUCGUCUGCCCAGCGAAUUUGGGUCAUAUCUCAAGGAGUUUGCAAUAAAGGAAAGCACAUAUACCUUUUCCUUGGAAGGCUCUGGGAUCAGUUUUGCAGAUUUAUUCAGGCUUAUCGCUUUCUACUGCAUUAGCAGGGAUGUCCUGCCAUUCACCUUGAAACUGCCUCAUGCCAUUUCAACAGCAAAAACGGAGGCUGAACUUGAAGACCUGGCCCAGUUAGGACUGAAUUUUUGGAACUCUCCGGCUGACAACAAACCCCCAAAUCCUCCACCUCCUCAUAGGCCUCUCCCCUCAGACGGUGUUUGUCGAGCUUCACGUCAGCUUUGCCUUAUAAAUGGAGUGCAUUCUAUACGAACCAGAAGGCCUUCGGAGUUGGAGUGCAGCCAGACCAACGGGGCCCUGUGUUUUAUUAAUCCUCUUUUCUUAAAAGUGCACAGCCAGGACCUCAGUGGAAGCCUGAAAAGGCAGAGCACAAGAACUCCAGAAGUGAAUGGCACUGAGAGUCCUCGUUCUCCUCCACCCAGACCCCCACCACCAUCUAUUAAUAGUCUCCCCACAAGCCCUCAGCUGUCCAGGACUGAAACUCAGACGAGUAUGCCAGAAACGGUCAACCAUAACAAAUAUGGAAACGUAGAUUUGCUGGGAAAGAAACCGACCCCCAUCCCUCCACCCCGUCUGAAGAAACUUUCUUCUUUGGAAGGGGAAGGUAAUAAUGCAAAGACCUUGACAGGAAUUCGACCUUGUCUUAACCAAGAGCCUGCAUCGGGAGCUGCUGGCAGCCCAGGUGAUGCCCCCCCUGAGCAGAAUCUAGCAGGCUGCAAAAAGACUCUGCCUACAAGCUCUGACUCACAACUCCAGUGGAAUGGAGGCAGGCAGAGACUGAGCGACAUGAGCAUAUCUACUUCCUCCUCAGACUCACUGGAGUUUGACCGGAGCAUGCCACUGUUCGGCUACGAAGGGGAUACCAACAGCAGCCUGGAAGACUACGAAGGAGAGAGUGACCAGGAGAGCAUGGCACCCCCCAUCAAAUCCAAAAAGAAAAGGAGCAGUUCCUUUGUUCUCCCCAAAAUUGUCAAAUCUCAGCUACGCAAAGUGAGUGGGGUUUUCAGCUCCUUCAUGACCCCCGAGAAGAGGAUGAUCAAGAAAAUUGCUGAACUGUCCCGGGACAAGCGUACUUAUUUUGGGUGCCUCGUACAGGACUAUGUAAGCUUUCUGCAAGAAAACAAGGAAUGCCAUGUUUCCAGCACAGACAUGCUGCAAACCAUCCGACAGUUCAUGACUCAAGUUAAGAACUAUUUGUCCCAGAGCUCGGAAUUGGAUCCCCCAAUUGAAUCGCUCAUUCCAGAAGACCAAAUAGAUGUAGUGCUAGAAAAGGCCAUGCACAAGUGUAUUCUGAAGCCUUUGAAGAGCCAUGUGGAAGCCAUGCUGAAGGAUUUCCAUACUGCUGAUGGUUCAUGGAAACAGUUAAAAGAGAACCUACAACUGGUCAGACAGAGGAACCCUCAGGACCUGGGUGUGUUUGCCCCAACUCCAGAUUUUGUGGAUGUAGAAAAGAUCAAGGUCAAAUUCAUGACCAUGCAGAAGAUGUAUUCGCCUGAAAAGAAAGUCAUGCUGCUGCUAAGAGUCUGUAAAUUAAUCUACACAGUCAUGGAGAAUAACUCAGGGAGGAUGUAUGGAGCAGAUGACUUCUUGCCAGUAUUGACCUAUGUUGUAGCACAAUGUGACAUGCUUGAACUGGAUACAGAAAUUGAGUACAUGAUGGAGCUGCUAGAUCCAUCGUUAUUGCAUGGAGAAGGAGGCUAUUACUUGACCAGCGCCUAUGGAGCACUUUCGUUAAUAAAGAAUUUUCAAGAAGAACAGGCAGCUCGCCUGCUGAGCUCAGAGACUAGAGACACCCUCAGGCAAUGGCACAAGAGGAGAACAACGAAUAGAACCAUCCCAUCUGUUGAUGACUUUCAGAAUUAUCUCCGAGUUGCCUUCCAGGAAGUCAACAGCGGUUGCACAGGGAAGACCUUACUGGUGAGGCCCUACAUCACUACUGAGGAUGUGUGUCAACUCUGUGCUGAGAAGUUUAAAGUAGAGGACCCCGAGGAGUACAGCCUCUUUCUUUUCGUUGAUGAAACUUGGCAGCAGCUGGCAGAAGACACUUAUCCCCAGAAAAUCAAGGCUGAACUGCACAGUCGGCCACAACCUCAUGUCUUCCACUUUGUCUACAAACGAAUCAAGAGCGAUCCUUAUGGAGUCAUUUUCCCGAAUAAUGAAGAUGAAAACGUCUCCGCGUCCUAGAAGGAUACAGGGUUCUUCCCAAUAGUACACAUGAGCUAUUGAUGGGAGUGUCUCUUUCUUGGCAGGCACAUGCCUGAGGUUCGUAAAAGGCAGGCUCCACUCUUGCACAGUGGCCAAGCUGUGGGUAGUGUCCAGUCUCUUGCUCAGUGGCCAAGCCACGGUUAGUGUCCAGUCUCUUGCUCAGUGGCCAGUCUGUGAGUAGUGCUUAUUGUGAAUAUGCAUACAGCAGCUGUGGCCGGGAUUCCCUUAUUCCCUUCAGCCACGCUGUGUCCAUGCAAAAAGUGAGCUGAGUUUCUUGGAAUGUUCGGUCCUUUGGUGUCCUUCAGACUCUUGAUUUCUGCAGCAUCCUGAGGUUUCUUCUUUAUCUACCCUUUAGACAGGUUUAUUUUGAUUUAAAAAACAUAUGUGUAUAUGCUGGAUAAACUUGUUGUCUAGUCUAUUACUCUCUUGAUUUCACCAGCAGGUGUUUGACAAGACUGUCCGAUGCAGUGCAUCACUUAACUCUCACAGUUCUAUGGAUGGUUGCAUCAUCCUUUCCUACAACUAAUAUUUUUUUUUAUAAAAAGCCUGUUUUUAUAUUUCAUAGAAAUUUUUAUAGCAGUUGCAGGUAAACUGUCAGGGUUGGUUUUUAAAAUAUUUUUGUAACUAUAAAAUAUUCUAUAAUUAUGCAUGUGAUUUUUAACAUUUAAUAUACAAAAAAAAAUAAAUCUCUUGCUGGUUUUAGAGUAUUGCAUUAAGAAGUCCCUCUUUUCUGUAACUGGACAUUUGGACAUUUUUUUUUAAAGGAGAGACUGCUGGGUUUCUUUAAGCAACUUGUGUCACUGACACUGGCCUCUGAAUGCCUGUAGGUAAAUCCUGAUGUACUGUUAUCUUGAGUUUUGUUCAUGCACAGUGUGUUUUGGUUUUGGUUUUGGUUUUAAUAAACAAGUGAUGCUAAGAAUAAUGGAAGAACUGAAUGUAGAGAAAGGAAGAGGGAGAAUGUAUAGAACCUAACCUAGGAAUGAAUGUUAGUCUGCUGGUUCAGGCUCUUUGCAGAAUGUGGGGAAAGGAGAGGGAAGGAACCAUGUCUGCUUAAAGUACUGUAAAUAUGCAUUGUGAUUUGGCGAUAUCUGCCUUGGAUGUGAUUUACUUUCAUAAAGAAUUUUCAAAAACCAACCAAGAAAAUUGAUGAUAACACUAAUGCUCUUUCCCAGUAAAUCAAAGCUAACGGCAUCAAACUGUUCAGGCUUAAAAACAAGAAUAUGUACCAAUUGAUGCUGUUUGGAGGAAAAGGGCUACCUAAAAAGCCAAUGAAAAGCCCCUUUGAGUUGCAGAAAUAUAUAUUGAAAUAAAAUUUGCGUGUGCUUGUAAGACCUGUUUAAGAAAAUCACGGUUCUUCUGUCAGUGUCUAAAUUCAGGUAAUUACAAGAAUGCAGAUCUGCUACAUGUAAAAGAUGUGUAGCUCUCUUUUACUCGGGAGUAUCUGUACCUUUUUUUUUUUUUUUUGCAUUGGUUUUGUCACAUAUCUGAAAAUGUCAGCACAUUCUGUGUUGUAUUCCCUUGUGUAAAUGAUUAAGAAUGGAUUUUGCACAUAAUACAU